AUGUUACCCUUGACACAAGAUGAAGUCUUCCGGCAAAUCAAACAAAAGGCCAAGCGCAAGCAACACGAAAAGACGGCGUUCACCUCUGGCGUUGUCACUAAGCUCCUGAAAGACUUGUACAAUCCCGACCUACAGCGUAGCCUAUUCUUCUACUCUCAGGACGAAAGCGGUAUUCCCAGACGUAAAGUAGCUACACACGCAGCCGGUCGAAAACACUACUGCACGGUCGCUCUGCAAACCGCGUUCAACGCAGAACAUUGGCAUGACCAGACUAAGCCAGCAGCCUUCCGAGGUAACUGGCCUCCCAGCACAAUUGAGGGUCUUAUUGGAGACGUUGAUGAGACCGAGUCCUGCAUCGAGCCAUGCCCCAAUUGCGAAGCACCAGAAGAUGUCGCACAUUGUAUGUGUGGAUACAAUGCAUGGGUCAAGUAUCUGCAUGGCUUCUGGCUCUCUCACUUACUGCUACAGGACGUCGGUUCGCGCGGUCACGGUGUUUUUGCGCGCAAGGUGAUUCACGACUCUACCAUUGUAGGAGAGUAUGCAGGCCAGAUCAUACCUUUCAAAGACGAUGGAACUCCAGCUCAUGGACAAGAUGCUUAUCGCGUCGGGAUCUCGAUCGGUAAACCAAACUUUGACCAAACUCAGACACACGCCACAGCUUCUAUAGACGCUCUUCAUACCGGAGGUGUGACUCGCUUCAUCAACCACUCUUGCAAUCCGAAUACGGAAUUUGUAGAGAUGGUGUGUUCUAUGGAGCGUCGAGCCGUUUAUGUAGUCACAAAGCGAAAAGUCCCUAUCGGCGAAGAGCUGACAUUAGACUACGGUCCGAAAUGGUUCAAGGAUGACCAGUACUGUCUAUGUGAUACGGCUGACUGUAGGAACCCACGCAAGAUAUCCGAGAAUGCCGAUGCAUCCGAGGUAAAGGUCAGCGGAGAUGAGACCGCGGACGAAGGUGGGGACGAGGAUGAUCCGGGGGAUACCUCGACAGCGUCCGAUGAUAGCGCAAGUUCCAGCGAAGCAUCUGAUAUAUGUGCUCAUAGCCCUGCUUUUUGA